UUUUUCAAAUGUUUACACAAAUAUGAGAACUGAAAGGGCGAAAACCCCUACGUAUUUCUCAGCGAAAAUUCAGAUCACUGCAAACCAUUUGCUUGCGGCGGAUGAUUGGGAAUAGAGAUGGCGGAGCCACCGUCGCAGCUCAUUCACAAAUUGAAAGACAACGCGCUGUUCAAAUUAUCCUUCGCCGUCACCGGAAUCAUGUCUACUCUUCUUAUAUAUGGAGUAUUACAGGAAAAGAUUAUGAGACUCCCAUAUGGCUCAAACAAAGAAUUUUUUAAGUACUCGUUGUUUCUUGUCUUCUGCAACCGCAUUUCAACCUCUGCCGUGUCUGCUGCAGUUCUACUGGGUAGUAAAAAGGUCCUUGAUCCUGUUGCUCCAAUUUACAAGUAUUGCGGUGUAUCGGUGUCUAAUAUACUCACUACGACUUGUCAGUAUGAGGCCCUUAAAUAUGUCAGUUUUCCAGUGCAGACGUUGGCAAAAUGUGCCAAAAUGAUACCUGUGAUGAUUUGGGGCACUGCCAUCAUGCAAAAGAAGUACACUGGAAAGGAUUAUUUGUUUGCCAUUUUAGUCACUAUUGGAUGUUCAAUUUUUAUAUUAUUUCCGACAGCAGGUGAUAUUAGUCCAUACAGUAGAGGAAGAGAAAGCACUGUUUGGGGUGUUUCUUUGAUGAUCGGUUAUCUUGGGUGUGAUGGCUUCACUAGCACAUUCCAGGACAAACUUUUUAAAGGCUAUGACAUGGACAUACACAACCAGAUAUUUUACACGACCCUCUGUUCUUGCAUGAUAAGUUUCACUGGGCUAAUCUUACAAGGGAAUCUUUUCUUGGCUAUAGACUUUGUUUCUCGGCAUAAUGAUUGUUUCAUUGACAUUAUUAUACUUUCCACUGUAGCAACAAUUAGUCAAUUCUUCAUUUCUUACACUAUCCGCAGUUUUGGAGCUCUAACCUUCGCCACCAUAAUGACCACAAGACAGUUGGUCAGCAUUUUACUGUCCUGCGUGUGGUUUUCUCACCCGCUCAGCUCAGAACAAUUGAUUGGAGCAGUUAUAGUGUUUGGUACCAUAUACUCAAAAAGCUAUUUUAGAAGUAAGCCGAGGCCAUUGCCGUCUGAAGAAACAGAGAAUAGUGCUCUUAGUCCAACAACGAGUAACGCAUGACAGAAUUCUCUGACUAAUUCUAAAUCUCCGUAGAGAGGCAUCUGGCUGCUAACUGGAAUAUAUAGCUUAGGCUUGGCUUGGAGUUGUUUUUAUCAGAAACUCCCACAAUUCUCUCAAGUAACCUUGCGUCUAAUUGUGUGAUGAUAGAAUGAAAAUACACCUAUCCUGUUUAUAAACUUUUUGCAGGUAUAGUUUUGUGUUACUGAGACCACAGCUUGCUCCAUUGGGCUAGUUUGCAAUGAGCCAAUGAUUUAUAGUUGUUUCC